GCAAAUACGGAGAAAAACCUUUUUCCGAGUGUGGCCAACGGUGUAAUGGGGAUAACGAACAGUACUGUGGAGGAAGCUGGCGUAUUGAAGUCUACGAAAGUUCGAUGGGCCGACCAUGUGCUGACCAAAACCUGAACGGGUCCCGGCACUACGUGUAUUCCCCGGACUUCCCCGGGCUGUACCCGGAUUCGAAGUCCUGUGAAUGGACGAUACAAGCUCAAGACGACAAAGUCGUCAAACUACGGUUCGAACUUUUGAACCUGCCCUCAGGUGACCUCACAAUCCGAGACGGCACAGAGGACUCACAGGACCUCGCUACACUCAGUGGACUGACAGGUGACACCAUCCCAGAUGUACCUGCGAGUUCGGGUAGCGCCAUCUGGGUGCAGUUCCAGUCCGAUGGCGGAAGGGACACUAGGGGGCGCUUCAUCUUCUGGAGUCAAGAGAUCGACCAUUGCGGCGCCAUCCCCCUGCCCCCCACCAGCGGUACUGCAGCUGCCCCGUACGUAGGUCACGUGGGUGUUGGUGAGACGGCAGUGGUGAUCUGUGACACCGGGGAGCUCGUCUGGGUCAAGUGUGAGGAGGACCGACAGUUCAACGACACUGGGCCGUACUGUCAAGACGAAACGACAACAAUUUCGAGCACCCUGUCUUCCACCCGAGAAAUGCACCGUUCUUUGCCGACUCAAGAAGAAAGUUCAACUCCCCAGGAUAGUCUGAACCCGCCCACUAAAGCCGCACAGACAGGAGAAGGGACCGGAAGUACUGUGACGUUCAUAGCCGUGGGCGUGGCCGUGCCGCUGGUUGUCAUAGCGACGGUUGCCAUAGCUGUGGUGGUCUGUAGAAGGAAAAGAAAUGCAGCCUCAAAAUCCCGCUGUUCAACACAAGCAAGUGCACACGAGUUUUUGGGCAGCCGUGCAGGCGCGUCUCCUAGCGGAGGUGUCGGGCUGACCAGCCUCGAAGCGCGCUACGUCGCCAAUGGCGAGGUCGGUGACCCCAGUGAUGAACACCUGUACGCCAUUCCUGACGAUGGAAGGGCAAAGAAAGCCGCAAAACCCAGACGCGGUGACCGGACUAAGAACAGAUCGCCUGAGCCAUCUGUCAAUCAAAACCAUGACGAAGGCUUCACGGAAAAUGAGCUGUACGAGAGUGCCGAUGACGUCACUGCAAGGCCCGGUCGGACUGAAAGUGAGGCUGAGGGGUCGGUAGAGAACAUUAUAUACGGAGAAAUUGACUAG